AUGGAGGACGCUGAAGAUGACAUAGCUGUUAUCGGGAUUGGAUGCAAUUUUCCUGGAGGUGAGGGGUUGGAGAGUUUCUGGAGGGUUCUGCUGGAGGGGAAGAACUGUGUGGUGGACAUCCCAGCAGAGAGGUUUGACACCACUGUUUGGUAUGAUUCUGAUGAUAGCAAACCUGGGAAGACGCAGACAACCAAAGCAGCUCUGAUAGAAGGGUUUAAUGAGUUCGAUCACAAGUUUUUCGGUAUUACUGAAGUGGAGGCAGAUUCUAUGGACCCCCAGCAGAAACUCCUUCUGCAGUGCACGUACAGGGCCUUAGAAGAUGCAGGAAUUGCUACGGAAAGCAUCAGUGGAAGCAGAACCGGCGUCUACAUAGGUCUCAUGAACAGAGAUUACGAGAUGCUCAGAAACAACAACCCCAGCUCGAUAACCCACUACAACGGCACCGGGACGGCCAUGAGUGUUGCCGCCAACAGAAUUUCCUUCACCUUUAAUCUCACCGGCCCUUCUUUUGCCAUCGACAGCGCCUGUUCCUCAUCUUUGGUGGCGCUGCAUGUCGCCUGUCAGGCUAUAAAGCAAGGAGACUGUGAGAUGGCGCUAUGUGGAGGCGUUAACUGCAUAAUCGAGCCGAGGAUGUUUGUCGCUCUCAGCAAGGCCAAGAUGAUCUCGCCCGGAGGAUCGAGCAAGCCUUUCUCCAGCAGAGCAGACGGCUACGGCAGAGGAGAGGGCUGUGGUGUGGUGCUCCUGAAGCCUCUGAGAAAUGCUUUAAAAGAUUGCAACAAAAUAUGGGGUAUCAUCAGCAAAACAGCAGUCAACCAAGAUGGACAUGCUGUCUCCCCGAUCACCAAACCCUCAAAGAUUCAACAAGAGGAGCUGCUGCGAAGAAUCUACUCAGAGUCUGACAUCAUUAAUGUCCAGUACAUAGAGGCUCAUGGGACUGGAACUCCAGUUGGAGACCCAACAGAGGCAGGAAGCAUCUCCAACGUCAUCGCUCAAGCCAGACCUCCAGGUUCAGAUAUGCUGCUGCUCGGCUCUGUGAAGGGCAACAUCGGACACACAGAAUCUGCAGCUGGAGUGGCCGGACUCAUUAAGGUUCUCCUUAUGAUGAAGCAUGACACUAUUGUUCCCUCAGUGUUCUACUCUGAAGACAGUGCCAGUGUAGAUGUAAAAGUCCUGAAUCUAAAAAUUCCUACUAAAGCUGAGAGAUGGGAGACAAAUAGGUCACUAGGAAGGGUAGCUGGCAUCAACAGUUUUGGGUUUGGUGGCACAAAUGCACAUGCGAUUUUAAGAGAGUAUAAUCACACUGCAGUUCCAACACAGAUACCAAAAGGUCCAAAACUUUUUGUACUAUCUGCAGCCUCUGAGAAAUCACUGAUCAUGACCAUCACUGACACUCACCAAAGACUCUGCAGCAAUCAAACACUUGACUUGCGAGCACUUUCAUACACCUCAGCAUGUGGACGGAGUCACUACAAACACAAACAUAGGAAGUCCUUUCUGAUAUCCUCCCUCUCAGAUUUAGAGCACCAGCUGACAUCUGCACUGAAAACAAAGGUUGAGUCAACAAGGUCGGACAUCCAGGUGGUCCUUGUGUUUUGUGGAAAUGGGGUUGCCUACAGGGGGAUGUGCAAACAGCUCAUGAGAGACUUUCUUGUUUUCAGAGAUAAGGUCAGAGAGGUAGAGAAUCUCUUCCAGACUUAUAAAACCAUCAGCAUCAGCAAAUGGCUCAGUGGUGAGUGUGAUGAUGAUGAUUUUAGCACACCAACUGUCAUCCAGCCUCUUCUUUUUGCUCUCCAGAUCGGUAUUGCAGCUCUUCUGAAGCACUGGGGUGUCAAACCCGAUGCUGUGCUUGGUCACUCUGUUGGUGAAGUUGCCGCUGCUCACUGCUCAGGCCUCUUGUCUCUUGAGGAUGCAGUGAAAGUGUUGUACCACCGUAGUACUCUCCAGAGCAAAGUCACAGGAGGGAAGAUGCUCGUGGUCGGCAACGUGGCUGUCGAACAGGUGUUAAAACUUCUUCAGGCUUUCUCUGGGAAUAUUUGUGUAGCUGCUUUCAACAGCCCUCAGUCCUGCACGCUGUCAGGAGAUGCAGAUGCUAUUGACAUCCUCCAUGAGAGGCUGAAGGUCAUGUUUACAUGUAAAAACGUCUUCCUCAGUGUCUUGGAUGUCCCAGCAGCAUACCAUAGCCAUAUGAUGGAUCCAGUACAAGAUGACAUUGAGCGAAGCAUUGACCUUUUGGAUGUCAACAACAUGGAGUGCAGCCUUUUUUCUACUGUGACUGGAGACAGGUGUUCAGAUGGUGAUUUCAGCACUGGUACUUACUGGGUAAAGAACAUCCGAGAGCCGGUUUUAUUUGAAAAAGCGCUUUGUGCUGUCGUGAAAGACAAACAGCUCAGGAGAAAUGUGGUCUUUGUGGAGAUUGGACCUCGUAGGGCUCUUCAAAGGAACAUAUGUGAGACUCUGGGCAAUGACACCAUAGUUCUUUCCUCUGGUCACCCAGAUAAAGAUUCUGACACUCUUAUCUUAACAGUGGCAAAACUGUUUGAACUUGGCAUUAAUGUUAACUGGCAUCAGCUCUACAGAGGCUGCCAGACAUUGCCCACAACGCUUCCAGUCUAUCAGUUUGACAACACAAAGAAAGAGCUAAAUUUUGAAGCUUUGAGAAAAGGUGAUGAAACAUCUGCGUUAUCUCGCCAUGUCCUCAUCUCACAAAUAAAGCAAGAUAACAAAGAGUUCACGUGCAACCUCUCAGUAGAGACUGCAUCGUAUCUUUGGGAGCACCAAAACAACAACAUUCCCAUUGUGCCCGGUGCGUUUUAUGUUGAAUUAGCUUUUGCUGCAGUGGUGGCAAGCCUGAGGCCAAAGCAACCAGUUUCUGUGCUCCAUCUCAGUGUUAGAUUUGAGAGCGUGUUGAUACUCAACUCACAGUGUAAACAGUUGAAGGUGACACUGGGACAUGUGGAAAAGGUGGCUUCAUUUAAAAUACAGUCUUCUUCUGCAACACAUGCCUCUGGGACAUACAUGUGUACAGAUAGCCAACCUUUGUUGGAGGAAUCAAACAUUUGUGUUGACCUGAUCUCCCAAAGGUGCAAGUCGGUUUUGACGAAAAAGGAGAUUUACUCAAUUCUUUCUCAGGCAGGAUUUGAGUAUGGCUCUGUGUUCAGACAGCUUGAUGAUGUGCAGUUUGGGAAUGAAUUCAAGGAAGCUCUGACAGCGAUUCAAGUCCCUGGAGAAGUUCUGAAACAUCUCCAUGACUAUUUCAUUCACCCUGUCCUGCUGGAUUAUUUCCUGCAGAUGACCGCUGUGGUUGCAAUGGGACGACUAACAGCCAAGCAGGGAUUCCCUUCAGGUAUUGCAAGCAUAGCUGUAUCAGCACCACUGCAGGAGGAGAUGGUCAUGUACUUACGAGCCACUCAAGAAACCUCAGAGUUCCUUGAUGUAUGUGGUUGCUUUUCCACCACAGAAGGAAAGGUAUUAGUGGAACUUAAAGGUGUGAGGAUUUCAUUUUUGGGCGGAUGCUCAAAUGUUCCUCAGUCAUUGUUCUUCCACAAUGAAACAGUUGCAAUCGCCAAAGAGAGAAACUUGGAAAAUUACAAAAUAAAAGCAAUUGUUUUCGAGGAUAAGCUCUGCAUUGCUAAAAGACUUAGACCAUAUAUGUGCCCAGAGUCAGUCAUUGUGGAGAGCAGAGAUCAAGUUAGAAACAUAGUGUUCUACUUGCUUAACACCAUGGCAGAUUUGGACAAUAUCCUCUUCAUUUGGGGUGUAGAAGACAUCAGUCACUUGUCAUCCAAGAAGAUGCUGGACUCCUUGGUCGCUUGCUGUGAGAUAUUUCGGCAGAUUGUUUUAGCUGUGAAUGAGAGCAAGCGUUCUUGCACUGUUCGCGUCAUAACUUACAGAUCAACAGAAAAGACCAUGGAUCAUAUCAGUCCUGGUUUUGUGCUUUCUGGUAUGACGAGGGCUUGCGCAGCAGAGAUGGCGGAUCUUUGUUUUCAGCUGAUUGACCUUGCUUCUGUGGCCAAUGAAGACAUUCAAAUGCUGGCUCGUGUAAUUAACACCAGCAAACAACAAGAGGUCAGGAUCAGUAAAGGGCAGGUGACGGUAACGAGAAUACUACGGACCCCAAUGAAGGAAAAGGCUUCAUGUGAAGGUGCACAUUCUGUUUAUCUGAGAGACUUUGUGCUACAGACAGCGGAUCCAUACAGAAUGGCUCACAUGUCGGCCAUCCCUGCUAACACUAAUCAAAAUCCUGUCCAGGAGAAGUCAGUUGUAAUUCAGCUAACCAAUAUAUGCACACAUUCGUCAGAUUACUUCCCUGUAAGCACUACGCAUUUGAACUUUGGCGAGACACUGUACUGGAACAAGCAUGCAUCACAGAAUCACAAACUCCUGGCUUUAGAUUUUAGCGGCAUUGUCACAGCUGUUGGGAAAGAUGUUGCUAGUCUAAGAGUGGGAGACCACGUCGCUUCAUGCUAUCCAGUUCCUGCCACUGCAAAGAUUGUAAUUCCUGAAGCAGUGUGCUACAACACAAAGAGACUUCUAUUUUUCAAAGAGACCCCGUGUGUUUCUUACUUCAUACUGGCAUGGGAGAUCCUGCAGAGAAUUCUGUCUAAAGUGAAAGAACAGCGCAGAAAGUUGGCCAUUAUCUCCUCAAACUCUGCCUCUGCUCUGACGAAAGUUUUGGCUCUUACAGCAAACAGGUCAGGCUGGAAUGUUUCUUCUCGGGCACACUUCACGAUUGAACCUCCACAUUUUGAUGCAUUCGUUUUACUGCCACCAUAUGAUCAAUCUUGGCAGGGGGUGCAUGACAGUGGUGGCCUUGAGAAACACAUCAUUUUUGUGUGCAGCAGCCACAUGUCAUCCUUAGCCACAGCGAGCAUGUUUGCAUUGAAGAGUGAACACAUUCAUGUACAUACGCUUGAUGUGGCUACUGUUCUGCAGAGAGCUCAUCUACAUGCAGAAAACAGAAAUAUCUUCAACUGGCUAGUGUCGUUAGGCUUUGAUAUGAAAUCUCUACCUCUGAGAGGGGAGCUUUAUCAGCCAAAAGAGUCUCAGCCCGACUCGGAGUCAUAUUUCACCACAAAAACAGUGCGGCAAGUUGUUUUAGGCUACGGAGAGCUUGAUUCACCAGUAUCUGAUAUUAAUUUGCUUACAAGACCUCAACAACUCUUUAAACAAGGCUGUGUUUAUGUUGUAACCGGAGGGCUCUCUGGUUUGGGGCUUGAGACAGUUAAAUUCAUCGCCCAUAAUGGUGGAGGUUGUAUUGCAACACUGUCAAGAAGUGUUCUUUCUGAUAAAAUGCAAUUUGAAAUGGAUCUUCUCCUGAAAAGAUACGAGGUCACUAUCAUAAAUAUCCAAUGUGACGUUUCUGUGUCGACGCAGGUGGUGGAUGCGAUCUCAAAAAUCGGGCAAAGAUUCCCCUCUUGUCCCAUCAAAGGUGUGUUUCACAGCGCUGCAGUGCUGCACGACGCACUGGUUGAAUCCCUUGAUGAGUCUCUCUUCAGAAAAGUGCUGCAGCCCAAAGUGAGCGGCGCUCUGAAUCUUCACUAUGCAACGCUUCACAACAAACUUGAUUUCUUUGUGUGCUAUUCUUCCAUCUCGUCGUUCGUAGGCAAUGCCUCACAGUGUAACUACGCAGCAGCCAAUUCCUUCCUCGACAUGUUCUGUCAUUAUCGGAGAAACCUCGGCCUCGCAGGACAGUCCAUCAACUGGGGUCCUUUGAACCUCGGUCUGCUGCUGCACAAAGACCACUUCCAAAAGUUCCUGGAGGCAAAAGGGAUGAUGACACUAGAUGUAUGUGAGGUUCAUGAGACACUUAAAAUCUGUCUUUUGAUGAACAGACCCCAACAAGUGAUAUGUAAAUUCAAUUUCAAAAACCUUAAGAUUCACGUUCUUUCUCAAAAUGCAUCUCUUAGAGAGCGACUGUCAGCUUUAGUGGAAAUGGAGCUGAAAGAUGAAAUACACAGUGAAUCGAAGGUUCAUCAUUUGUCUUCCACACAUGAAAGCGUGAGGGCAAUUGUCAGCGAUAUAACCAGUGUAAGUGUAGAUGAACUGGACGAUGACUCCUCUCUGUUUGCGUUGGGGAUUGACUCGAUGUUAGCCAUGACUCUGCAGAACAAGAUUUUCCAGGAAACAGGUGUAAAUGUACCUCUGGUUAUCAUACUGGACCCCAACAGUACACUCGCCAGUUUGGUUACUGUUGUGUUGAACAGUGGAUAA